CAAUGACAAUAUAACGAGUAUAAUAAAUAGCGUUGUCCGCCCACCGGAACAAUGGCAGGACGUAACGCAUCACAUAUGGCGAUGGCGAGCAGAUCCUCCACGACCGGAACGGCGGUGCUGUGCUUUCUUGUGGUGGUCUCCCUCUUCCUGGCCCCGUCGUUGUUCGUUGCCGGAACUGAAGCAGCAGCGGCCUACGGUGCAGGUGCAGGUGCAGGUGCAGGCAGGAAGAUGAAGCAGGCAGCUGCGGGAGCUGUGGCGACGAAGCAGGAUGGCUACGGCUACCCUGCAACCAGUUCACCAGCGGGAUACCCGGCGGUGCCUUGUUGCCCUCAUCCACCUGAGGGCGGUCGGGGUUAAGAGAGAGCCCAGCUGCAGCUAGACUUCAUGUGCAUGAUAUUGCAGAAUUACCGUCUCUGAAUACAGAUACAGAAACUAGCAUUUAUAUACGAAUCAUAUAUUAUCUAUAUCCUCAUGCCAUGAGAGAUGUGUAUCACUCUCGCUAAAUAAUUAGCAGCUACGACGCGCCUGCCUGUCACACUGUGCUACUAUUCUAUAUUCCUGCUCCCUCUCUCUAUAUAUACAUACACACAUAUGUGUGUGUGAAAUAAAGAUUAGCUUGGAGCACCGCGCAUCAAUA